CGAAUACCCAGACGCAGGAGGGUAUCUCUUGCAUGCACUUCUUGUCGACAGAGAAAGUCCAGGUGUGAUGGCAUCCGACCUGGCUGUUCUACUUGUUUGGAGCUCAAUCUGCCUUGCUGUUACGAAGACCUGCAAUCUCCGGAAAAGAAUGGCAAGAGAAAAGAUGGCCAGCCCACAUAUGUACAGCUCACCCAAAGGGUGAAGGAACUAGAGGCAAGAUUGAGUCCAACGACGGCAGAAGCCGUAGCCGAACCAUCUCCCAACCCAACCGAGGCGGUGACAAUGGAUGACGAGACUUCCGUCGAUGCCCUUGCCACCAAUGCUUUUGACGAAGUACCGCAAAGGGAUAUUGGCUAUUUUGGUGAGACCGGA